AUGGAUAGUGAACAAAAAGAUCAGAUUCAAAGGCAAGAUCUUAUAAUGCAAAUGCAAUCUCCUCAGCCGCAGAGGAACCAAGAAGUUCAACUACAAGCUUCUCGCGACAUAGCAAUUGUAACAGCUGCUAAGGUAAAACAACUUGCUCGGGAGCUUAAAUCUGUGAAGGCGGAAUUAGCAUUUGCAAAGGAACGAUAUAGUCAGCUAGAAGAAGAAAAUAAAAUGCUUCGUGAAGCUCGUGAAGGAGACAACCUUGAUGAUGAAGACAUGAUACGGGUUCAGCUAGAGACAUUAUUAGCAGAGAAGGGGCGUUUGGCACACGAGAAUGCAGUAUAUUCGCUUGAAAACAGAUACUUGAGGGAAAUAGCUGAAUUCCAUCGACUCAACAUGCAGGAUGUAGUGUAUUUGGAUGAAAGCGAGAAAGAGGUUGAGGUUACACAGGCUAAUAACCUCUUACCCAAUGAGACCUCCCAAAAUUCAGUGGAGACCUCGUCGCCUAAUUCUAACAGAUCAGAAUAG